AUGCUGUUGCCUGUCAGUGGUGGAUAUGAUAGAGAUGAUGGCGGUGAUGAUUAUGAUGAUGAUGAUGGUGGUGGUGGUGGCAAUGAUGAUUCCCCUUUCUUUCUUCCCUCAGGUGGUGGUGGCAAACGCAAAGGCCGGAGUAAAAAGUGGCGACAGAUCCUCAAGUUCCCUCACAUAACAGAAUGCCAACGCCCAACAGAAAUAGCAGAGUAUGAGAGUAUAUGUGAGGAGCAGCCCAUCGGCGAGUUACUGUUCAAGGAGUUUUGUGAUACGAAACCGGAGCUGAAAAGAGCCAUCACAUUCUUAAAAGAAGUUAGUUGUUAUGAGGUCGAGGUUUCGUCACAAGAGGACAGGAGCAGAGUUAGUCAUAAAAUCUUUCAUGAAUAUAUAUCACAAGAGAGUCUACAGAGAUUGGAGAUGAUUGAAGAGGACAAAGUGACAGCUUGUCAGAAUGCAUUACUAGACUCACCAGGAACAGAGCUUUUUUCUGAAUGUAGAACAGUUGUAAGAGAAUACCUAAAAGGAGAACCUUUCAAAGAGUAUCUAGAUAGCAUGUAUUUCUCCAGGUUCUUACAGUGGAAAUGGUUAGAAAGGCAACCAGUAACAAAAAAUACAUUCAGGCAAUACAGAGUGUUAGGCAAAGGUGGCUUUGGUGAGGUUUGUGCAUGCCAGGUUAGAUCAACAGGCAAGAUGUAUGCCUGCAAAAAACUGGAGAAGAAGAGGAUAAAGAAAAGGAAAGGAGAGACGAUGGCGUUGAACGAGAAAAUACUGCUCCAGAGAGUCAACAGUAGAUUUGUAGUUAGUCUUGCCUAUGCCUUUGAGAUGAAAGAAGCACUGUGUCUGGUCCUGACCAUCAUGAAUGGUGGUGACCUCAAGUUCCACAUACAUAACAUGGGUAGUCCAGGGUUUGAGGAGGAGAGGGCUAGGUUCUACGCAGCAGAGAUCCUCUGUGGUUUGGAGGACCUUCACCGAUUGAGGAUCGUCUACCGGGAUAUGAAGCCAGAGAAUAUCCUCCUAGAUGAUCAUGGUCAUGUACGUAUCUCUGACCUGGGUCUAGCAGUGGAGAUACCUGAGAAUGACACCAUCAGGGGCAGAGUAGGAACGGUGGGCUACAUGGCUCCUGAGGUGGUGAAGAACGAGAGGUAUACAUUCAGUCCAGACUACUGGGGUCUGGGAUGUCUUAUCUAUGAGAUGAUAGAAGGAAGGGCUCCAUUCCGAGCGAGGAAGGAGAAGGUCAAGAGGGAAGAGGUCGACCGGAGAGUCAAAGAAGACGACGAGAAGUACAGCCAGAAGUUCAGCACCGAAGCACAGGACAUCUGUAAAAAGUUGUUGCAGAAGGACCCAGCGUUAAGAAUGGGGUUUGAGAACGGCACCGCACAGACUGUCAAGGAUCAUUCAUUCUUCAACUCCAUCAGCUUCAGCCGGCUUGAAGCUGGAAAGCUCGAUCCACCCUUUGAACCUGAUAAGAGGGCCGUGUAUGCAAAAGACGUGCUGGACAUAGAACAGUUCUCAACCGUCAAAGGAGUAAACUUGGACCAAAACGAUGACAGAUUCUACACCAAAUUCAACUCGGGGAGUGUAGCAAUUCCAUGGCAAAUGGAGAUGAUUGAGACGCAAGUAUUUCUUGAGCUGAAUGUGUUUGGGCCCAACGGCACUCUAACAGCUGACUUGAUGCCUGAUCUACCGCCACCACCCCCAAAGCAAGGCUUCUUCAGGAGGAUAUUUAGGAUUAAGAGCAGCGAUGAUCGACAAUGACACCUUGCCAAACAACCCUCCUGACCAAGAGAGGGCGCUCUAACUCACCUUUGUCACGCACGACUGGCCGGCUCAGUAUGCUGGUCCACUCUCGGCUCAACUGGAUUGAAGCAAGCGGGACCAUGCUGCUUUUUAAUUAAACACAACCUGAUGAACACACACAGGGCUGCCAACACUGCCACGGCUUUUAACGUCUUGUGAACUCCACUUUGUAUGAUGUACAGCUCUUUAUUUCCUGAACCUGAACGCACGGCAAUCGCAUUCUUCUGAGAGGGAGUGCAUGCUGAAUCAUGGAUGUUGCUAUUUGCUACGCUUUCCGAAAAUACUUUUUUUUGUGUCUGUGCAAAUAACGACUACUUAAUGCUUGGUUAUGCUUGGAUGUAUGUUCGAACAAGCUAUGGUAUGAAAGGAGGUAAUUCCACAUGCAGGAGCACGAUAGAUUAUGAACGACAAAAGUGCAAGUACAAGUCGGUGGUGUGGUAGCCUUCAUGAAUAGAUAGCUUAAUUCCUCUAUAGGUUUGUUCACAUAUGACAGGGGAACCUGCGGUAGGAUUUUUUUUUUUAUACUCCUAAGUGAAUAGCAAAUAAAAAUGAAAGAAAAAAGAUAGCCACCCACAACAAAGAUUCUCAGAUAAUUCAAUAAUCCGUUUGUUAUGAGAUACAAAACUUGAAUGGUGCUAUACCAGCUUCAUAAACAAAACAAACAAAAAUGUCCGUGUACUCAGUCAUAUGUGAACAAAUCUAAAGAGCCCUAUAAGUGGGUUCCUCGUUGAAUAAAUAAAUUGAUGUACCUUUUCACAAAGGCUACCUCACAGCAUCAUCAAAAUCUUUUGAUCAUGAAUACUCACCGUGGUGUGGAAACUCACCGAGUACAUCUACAAAGUUCCGUUACCGCGACGAUCAACUCUGUGUGUGGCAUUGGAGAAAUACGUUGUCAUGUUGAAGGAUUGUGAUGCCCGUUGGCUUCUAUGUGUGUUAUCUCAGGAGAAAUGGGAGAGAGAGGCUGUGCAUCAAAGUGCUCGAGUUACACCACCAAAGAGCAUCAGUAAGAACAGCCUUGUAGAGAACUUUUUAUUUUGUAGAUGACUACCGUCAGGGAUUCGACGUGAAAACCUUACCUCGCGUUGCAACAUAUUAGAUUCCUUCGAUUUUUUCGCUUUUUCCGAGGCUCUGUAAAUACAAAGACGAGUAUAUCUUACCUUAUAUAUCUGCUCAGUGUAACGCUUACUAUGGUAGCCAAAUCUUUUUAAAGAAGUAUGGUGGUUUAUAUUUCCUUCGGGUUUCUUUAAAUUGCUCCACCUAUCACUAUUGCUGCAAGUUUUGCGUAUUGGUCGUGUCUGUCUGUAGUAAAGUACUCUUUGCUGAAGUGAAAUUUUGCAGAUUUUGAAAUAGACUGAUGAACCAAACAUUCAAAACUCUUGAAUUAUUAAAAUACAUAUUAUAUUUUUUCUCUUUUUGGGGUUGGGUGGAGGGGGGGGGGGGGGCUCUAAUAAGCUCUUCUUUCUAAAUCAGAAUCCUGCAAUUUUGCAUCCUUCUUUUUUUUUCUUCAGGACAAAUAGUAUACAACUUUUUGAAAACACAUUGACGAGAACACUUUAAUUACGCAAAUCUAAUGUUAUGCAUCCACAUUUUAAAAUUGAAUGUUUACAAGCUCUUGCUGGUCUUGCGAAUCAUAGAUAUAUGUAAGUAUGUGUUACCAUUCACCAGGCUUUGAAUCUAUAGGCUUGUCUAUUUUUUGAGUGAGUCUUGUGAGUUACAGUGGACCAAACUAUUGACUCCUGGCGAGUAGAAACUAUUUCUCUUGCCUAAAAUUCCUUUUGUGUUGGUAAUGUCAAAAAAAAAAGUUGACUUGUUGACUCAUGGCUCGUAGAAACUAUUCUCUUGUCGAAGAUUCUUUUCCUAUGGGUAAUGUAAGAAUAUGUGGCCAGCUGAGAAUGGACCAUUGUAAGGCUAUAGAUGGCGCUUGUCAAGAGAGUUGCGGGGCGUCGCCAUGUUGAAGCUAGGUUGAACAAUGCAUAAUGCUCACGCAUCAUUAUUUUGGAAGAAAUGUUGACUUUGCAUGGAUAGCGCGCACUCACACAGUUUUUUUUAUGAGACACCUUCUAGCAAUCCAAUGAUGUCAUCACUCCAAAACAUGGCAGUCUUUUUGCCUUAUGUUGUUAAAUGCGUUUUUGUUUGAGACUUGACAGAAACUUAUCGUUCACUAUUUUGCAAUGAUUCCAAAAGUCCCUUUUUGUUUGAUUUGUGAUUUACUGUACUGCUGUCUAGAGAUCCCAGAUUGUGUCUGGCUUUAGGUGUACAGCUUUUUUAAUACAAUCCAUAAAUUAAUUCUGAU